AUGGUCUUCACGGAUACUGAAGACGACGAUUUGGAUGCCCCGCGCAUCAGGCGAGAAGGUCCACAUCGUACCGAAACCAUCGCAGAGGAGGUAAACAAGAGCUUAGGUGAGAGGACUGAAGCCAGUCUAAGCAUGGCCGACGAGGACGAGACCACAGACUGCAUAACAGGGUACGACGAUCAAAAAAACCCGAAGCGACCUCGAUUUGAGCGAGCACUAGCCACACAAAAUCCUUACGAUUCCGCCGAUGAAGAGCUUGAUCGACUGGAGCAGGAAUGGACGGAAGUUGGAGAAGAGAAGGCCAAGAACAAGACAUCAAGGACCAGAAAAAGCAGAGGAUUGACUGCUAAAAUCGUCGACGCCGUUGACAAUGAAAUCGCUCCUCGCCCGAGGUCUACGAAGGCGACAGGUACAACUGGAGUCGGCAGAAAAGGGCCCAGCAAGAAGCGCCGGAGGACAAGAGAGCACGGCGAUUCCGACUCGGAGGAGGAGCUCAUGGAAUGGACCAUGCCAGACUACGUCAGGAACCGAAGAGCAAAAUUUGACGAACGCGCAAAGCAAUUGCGAGAAGGCGGUUUGGCUCUCCCACCCAUAUACGACGAUGUGGAUUUCUCGGACAACGAGAAGCUGAGGGAAUUGAGGGAGCGGCCGGAUUUUCCCCUAUCAACUGCAUCCAGGGAAUACAAGGAUAUCGAACUGCAUUAUUCGCUUGGUCUCAUCCCCGCCCCAAUUGCACAGUUUUUGCGAGAAUAUCAGGUUAAGGGCGUGGCAUUCAUGCAUGAACUUUUCGUGUACCAGAAAGGCGGAAUCCUGGGUGACGAUAUGGGGUUGGGCAAGACGGUACAGGUGAUUGCAUUCUUGACGGUGGCUUACGGCAAGACCGGGGACGAACGCGAUCAGAAAAGGAUGAGAAAGAUGCGCAGAGCGAAGCGGUGGUACCCAAGAACUCUCAUUAUCUGCCCCGGCACACUCAUGGAGAAUUGGAAAGAUGAAUUUCGCCGUUGGGGUUGGUGGCAUGUUGAUCUUUACCACGGGGGCGCUUCACAGAGACAUGAUGUACUCUUGCAAGCUCAGGCGGGCAUGUUGGAAGUCAUGAUCACGACAUACCACACCUAUCGAGCCAAUAAAGAGGAAAUCAACAUGAUCCAGUGGGACUGUGUUGUUGCCGACGAAUGCCAUAUCAUCAAAGAAAGAAGAUCUGACACCACCAAAGCCAUGACUGAAAUCAAUGCCCUCUGCCGCAUCGGUCUCACGGGAACCGCAAUUCAGAACAAGUACGAAGAACUAUGGACUCUCCUCAAUUGGACCAAUCCUGGCAGACUUGGGCCGGUCUCGACGUGGAAAAAAUCUAUUUGUAUACCGCUUAAGUUGGGCCAAAGCCACGACGCUUCACAGUAUCAAUUGGCGAGAGCCAGGAAGACAGCGAAGAUGCUUGUCCAGAACCUGCUUCCGCAAUUCUUCCUUCGACGGACAAAAGCCCUUAUCAAAGACCAACUGCCGAAGAAAUCAGAUCGGGUGGUAUUCUGCCCUCUCACAGCGACUCAGGCACAAGCAUAUGAAAGCUUCCUCGAGAGUGACAUCGUGCAAUACAUCAAGACAAACGGUGAUCCGUGCAUGUGUGGAGCGCAGAAGAAGGCUGGAUGGUGCUGCCAGAUGAAACUCAGUGAUGGCAGCCCCUGGCAGAGUUGGGUAUUCCCUGCAAUCGCAACCCUGCGAAAUCUGUCGAAUCAUCUAGCCAUUCUUAUCCCACAAGGGUCGGAUCCAGCGGACAAACAGGCGAAGGAUCUUGAGAUGCUCCAGAUUGCAAUGCCGGACGAAUGGAGACAGAUUUACCAAACACGGGACAGCAUCAUGCAUACUGGCAACCCCGAGUAUUGCGGCAAAUGGCGAAUACUGAAAAAACUUCUUACGUUUUGGUAUGAACAAGGUGGCAACAAAGUACUGAUCUUCUCGCACAGCGUCCGCUUGCUCAGAAUGUUACAGAACUUGUUCAUCAGUACAAAAUUCAACGUCAACUAUCUCGACGGGAGCAUGCAAUAUGAUAAUCGGUACGCAGCUGUCAAAGAAUUCAACACUGACCCAACACAAUUUGUCUUCCUCAUCAGUACUCGAGCAGGAGGUGUUGGGCUGAAUAUCACAUCCGCAAACAAAGUCGUCAUCGUCGACCCGAAUUGGAAUCCCAGCUAUGACUUACAAGCACAAGAUAGAGCUUACAGAAUUGGUCAGACGAGGGAUGUGGAAGUCUUUCGUCUGGUCAGUCAAGGAACUCUCGAAGAGAUCGUCUACGCCCGCCAGAUCUACAAGCAGCAGCAAGCAAACAUUGGUUACAACGCCACAUCUGAGCGACGGUACUUUCAGGGCGUGCAGGACAGCAAAGACCAGAAAGGCGAGAUCUUUGGAAUGAAGAAUCUUUUCGCCUAUCAGAACGAGAACCAGGUUCUGCGCGAUAUUGUGAACAAGACCAAUAUUGCGGAGUCAAAGGCCGACGUCCGGGUCGCCAACUUGGAGCUUGAAGAGCAUGAACUCGAAGACGUCAACGCCGAUGAAGACGGAAUCAAGAAUGAAGAGGGUGUGGCGCCUCGAAUGAAAACCGAUCCAGAUUCGGAAGACGCAGCAAUGUCCCAACUCGCAGCUGAAAUCGUCGGAGAGGAAGGUCGAUCGUCUUGCUCACGCUCCAAAACGCCCUUUGGCUCAGCGAAACCGGGCGUCAAGAAACAUGAUCCGGUCCAAGCUAUCCUCUCCUCUGUCGGUGUGUCAUAUACGCACGAGAACAGCGAAGUAAUUGGAUCCUCCAAAGUCGAAGCGUUGUUGUCCAAGCGAGCGGAAGAAGCCGCAGCCAAGAAUAUCCACUGGGAUACCCAAGAGCAACAAGCGAAAGUUUUCAUGGAUGACGCGUCGUCGCCACCGCAACGCCGCAAUGAAGACGUGUACGACUUCGCCUACGACAAUCCCUACCUCGAAGACAACCACGAUGGUACCCUCACGCCCGAUGGCAGCAGUGUGCGAUACAAAUACCGCCCACCCCAGACCGUCCGGAAACGACAGUUCUGCAGCAUGGCUAGGUGGGCCGGCUACGGAGACGAUGUGGUGUCUUUCGCGUUGGUGGUGGAAAACUGGACCCAGGCAGAACGAAGAGAGUGUCUUGACCGUUUCUAUCGCUAUCGGCGAGAUGUACUUCGCGGAUUUGUAAAGUCGGGGAGCUCAAGCGAGGGUGUGAAGAAGGAAGGGGUUAAGGAGGAACAUGAGGAGUUCAAGGUCAAAGAAGAGGACGCGAAUGGGAAUGUUCAAGCUGACCCAGACACCACGGAACACGUGUCGAGGGUCAAGAUGGCCACGGUCGUGAAGAACGAACACGAUCCAGGCCUCAUGGACGUCCAGGCGGCAAGCGAGGAUGAAGAUGACGAGCUUUGA